GAAGAUCUUGGUUCAGCUCCAUUAAAGAGUGUUUCAUUUAGAAAGCAUAGAAACAUUGUGAUCAUAGAGUAGACAUUUUAGAAUAAGAGUUAUAGGAUAAUAUUGGUAUUUCUUUAUAAUCAAUAUUGUCUGAUUGGGGAAUCUAGCAGGGGUUUAAAAAUGAGAUUAUUUGCACAAACUGGUAAUCAAUAGUUUAAAUUGAACAUUUAAUUGAUUCAGUGAUAAGAUGACACUCUUUAUUGAAAACAUAUGAAUUCUGGUUAAAAGAUUGAAUAGUUGGAGAUGACAAACACUUUAAAAAGACAAUCAUAUUUGAAUUGAAGGAUUAUUAUCUAUCUGCAAACGGAACUAUUGAUUGAAGGGUAAACAAUGUAUUCGGAGGAUAUAUUGCUGCGCAGUCUGCAGCCAAAGUUAAUGCUACCAAUGACGAGGAAUAUGCCGAAGUCCUCGGCCAGUGUUCCAAGUAGAAACCAACCAAGAAAUAUGACUGGAAUUUACCUUGGCCUGGAAGGGAAUAUUAAUCCACCACCCAACAAAGGAGGUACUGCUGCCAAUGUGAGGAAGGGCACAUCAUCCAAGUCCAGAACCACGGCUGAGAUCAGGCGAUAUAAAAUGGUUGAAUCUUUAAGGGUCAAGGAAAACUGUAUAAAAGGCUUCAAGGGUGGUACCUUAAAGAAGAAGUUGCCUGUGGAAGUAUGGGAUGAAGAGAACUUGACACCACGCUGCUCCAAUCCCCAGCAAGUACAUCACAGGAAGUGGGGACCGGCCAAGUCUGCUGACCCAAGACACUUUGAUGAUGUUAUACGGCAAAAUGCCAGACACUACACUGCAAUAAACAAUAAUGGUGUGACUCGAUCAGAAAACCUGACAGGGUUGAUGAGCUUUGCUGACCAUUAUGGCUUUGAGAUGGUCACUCCCCCACCCGAAGCUUUAGUGGACGAAGUUCAGCGAAUGGCCAGUGCCCAUGAUGACCUUGCUGGUCUGGAAGAAUGUUUUAAGAAAGUCUGCAAGAGUAACCCGGAGUCACUUCACAGCCUGCUGCCCCUGAGAAAAGUCAGUGCCCGCCCGGGUAGCUACUCUACAGGAUUCACUGUCAGGAGCUACAGAAACCCGAAUACUGCAGAGAUCCUGGCUGAGUUUGAGCCCUCACGCCCAAAGACCGUGCCAGUCAACCAGGCUCAUCAGCGCCAGCCCCUUGUGCCUGCUCCAUACUUCUUCAAACACUUCAACAAACCAAGGACUGCCAAUAGCACCAAGAAGAGGAACUCUCCUGUAUCACAACCAGAAGGAGAUCAGUUCAGCGUAUUGAAUGGGGAAAAGAUAUUUGGAGCCCCGGGUACGGGCACUGUGUCUCGGUCGUUGCGGGCAGGUGGGGCAAGGUCAUCCUCCGCAUGGACAGAUGGGGAUGCUGGAAGGAUACGAAGGGGAACUCCGCGGAAUGACUCUCCAGGCAAGGAUUUAGGUGUAAACAGCAGUGGGCCAUUAGAGCUAAGAGCAGAAGGUGUCCAACUAGGAGGCGGUGGCAGUGAAGAGCGAGCAAACCAAGGCGAGUUAACUGGACACGCCACACACACAGCACCAUCGUCAGAGUCUGGUACAGGCAGGUCUGGUAGACUCACACACAAUACGCCCAUCAUGGACCCACCACAGCGCCAGACCAGCAACAAUGGCACAAUACGGCUUGACCUUGAGAAUGAGGAUGGAAAGAAACAGGAAAUCUACCUGGAUGAUGCAGAAUUUUCAGGGGAGUUAGACAUAGAGAAAGCAAGAGAGUCUGAGGCUAAAGUUGCAUCCAUGCAGGAAGAUGCUAAACAGCGCAAGAAGGAGCUAGAGCAUUUACUCCAGGAACACGAUGAAAUUGUUAAGACGAUUGUGCGCCAGUCGAGUCAUGACAGUUCCCAAGAUACAUUCCAGUCCACGUCAGACGCGUCACGUCACCAGUGAUCAUGUGAUGUCAAUUAAAGGAAAUGAUUGGAUGUAAUCGAUCAUGUCAUGUACUUGAUGGUCAUGUGAUGUUGUUUAUGGUUAUGUGCUCAUGUCAUGUACAAAAUGGUCAUGUGAUCUGCAUUGAUCAUGUGAUGUUGUUAAUGGUCAUGUGAUCAUGCGAUGUGCACUGUAGAUUGAUCAUUCAUGGUCAUGUGACCAGAGGAAGUGUUUUGACAGUUCUGUAAUGAGACAGUUAAAAAUAUGUUGCCUUAUGUGUGAAGAAAUAUCUGUUUGCAUUUAUUUUCAUUAAAUUAUCAUUACAUUUAUAAUAUUUAUGUGUAGUUAUGUGACAUGGAUUAUGAUCAUAUGACCAGUUUCUUAGUUACAGUUGGCAUUUACAUUAUCAUGGCAUUGCUCAUUCUCAUUGGAACAUUUUUUAUAAGCUUGAAACUCGAAUGAUUUUUUGAUUUACAGUAGCUUAUUUCACAAUUAAUUUUCUCGUCCUCACUGACCGUUUUCUCCUGAAAACUUUAAUCUAAAAUAUGAUAACAUGAGCAUUUGAAUAAAACAUUAAUAAAUUAAAAACAUGUGUUUCUUGUAUACUCGAUUUUGAAUUUGUUUUUACCAGUGCUGGAAAAAUCAUAACUGCAAUUGAUGCUGAAUUUUCUCCUUUUUUCGAAUUUAUAUUGCAAUAUAACCUUGCAAACUGAACAUUUGUAUAUAUAUAUAUAUAUAUAUAUAAGAUAAAUUAAGAUAAUAUAAAACUUUAGAGUUUUAAAGUAUAUAAGAAAAUGGAUCACUGAUAUGUUUGCUCAUAAUGUAACAAACUUCCGCACCUGCCCUAUGGUCAGAUAUUUGUAUUUGGAUUGUUCAUACAUAUGACACUUACUUAUAUAUCAACAAUAAUUGGCUAAUGUCUGCUAUAAACAGAAGGAAAUUGUUAACCUACCUUUUUGUAUAAGGAACAUAAAAUAUUUUGAAAAUUGUAUUCUGAUGACAAGGAUAUGACACUUAUAUUGUGUUUUGUAGGCUUUUUCUGUUUGAAUGUACAUUGCAAUACCAAGUUAAUUAUAUACCUGCAUGGCCACAAUUUCUCGAAACUUCUUAAGCUUAACAGGCUUAAAUAGCUUAUUUCAAUUAGCCAAAAUACAUACUUAAAUUGAAUUAUGAUAAAUGGUUUAUUGUGAUAAUAAUAAAGAUAAUCUUAUCUAAUGUAUAAAAACUCUUAAAGAAGUUAAUAUUAUGCAAUUUAUUAAAAACCAAAAAUAAUUAGAUUACCCUAACCCUAACCCCUGUUAUAAGGGACUUAAGAAGUUUCAAGAAAUUGGGCCCUGGUACAUUUAUUAUAGAAAUACACAUAUCCUUGAUGUUUGAUGUUGCUGAUUUCUCCAUGUGUUAAAGUUGUGUGUUCAUGUAGUUGAUAAUGGCUUUCAAAAUUAAUAUUUAUACAUGAAGUUUUCAUGUUAAUAUUCAUAACACAUUUUUUACAAUAUAUUGUAUGAGCUGAGAUAAUUAUGUUUGAAGGCCCAGAAUCACGCAAUAAUUCUCAUAUUUAAUUUGAGUCUCAGGGUACAAUUGAAAACAAUGCCUUUUACACUUUUGAUGUACUACAAAAACAAAUUAUAUUCAAAUAACUGUUCCAUAAGAAAAGGUUUCCAUGUAUGGCAGUUAGUGGUGUUCAAAAAAGUAUUUUCAAAAAAGUUUGAUGUAAAUAAUCCUUUCAUCUAGUAUCGUUGGUUUAGAAAUUUCUUCUGAUCUUUACAGAAAGCUCCAUAAAUACUUUGUUAACAACUAGCUGUUAGUUUGGAACAUUACAGUUUUGUGUGGUUGUAAUUUGUGUAAAAUCUGUGAUAUGUUAAAUCUAGAUAUUGUAAUUUUAACACACUGGUAUGUGUCAGGUGUUGCCCGGAAUGUGUCAGUUGUUGUCUGUUUUGUUUAACCUUGCAUUUAUUUGUUGACAUAGCACUAGUUACUAACGAAUGACGUUCAAUGGCUUAUGUCAGAUUACCCUGGCACUAGAGAUGAAUGUGCACUAGUAAACACCGACAAUAUGCAAAUUAUGUGUGGCAAGCUCAUUUAGGCUUGAAUAAUUUUAGUUAUACGUUCUUGGUUGACUAGAAAAAAACACUGUGAUUGAGAAUACUUGUUGUUUUGCUUUGUGUUGAUUUUGAAGGUUAAUGUAACAGACAGGUUUUGGCUUGUCUGUUGUUGCUCUUUUAAAAUUAAUAUUUGGGCUGUUUCGAUGGCCUUGCUGCCCUCAGUGUGUUUGGCUGUUUCGAUGCCCUUGCUGCCGUCAGUGUGCAAAAACUUGAACCUUAGCCAUAAUUAAUUAGUUCUUGGUUGACUAGAAAAAAACACUGUGAUUGAGAAUACUUGUUGUUUUGCUUUGUGUUGAUUUUGAAGGUUAAUGUAACAGACAGGUUUUGGCUUGUCUGUUGUUGCUCUUUUAAAAUUAAUAUUUGGGCUGUUUCGAUGGCCUUGCUGCCCUCAGUGUGUUUGGCUGUUUCGAUGCCCUUGCUGCCGUCAGUGUGCAAAAACUUGAACCUUAGCCAUAAUUAAUUAAGUGUUUAAGAUUUAUAGGAAACUUGCUGCACAUGUUGUGCGCACCAUUUAAAGCAAGGCUCAUAACCCUUACUUAAAAAAUGGUCAGAUAAUGUCCCUUGAUACAUUAAUUUUGCCAUGACACAUAAAACUUUGUUGUGUUGUCCGGUUAGCGCAGUGGUUAGCGCACUCGCUUCUCACCAAGGUGACCCGGGUUCGAUUCCCGGCCUUGGUGCAUGUGAGUUUGGUUAGUGGUCACCAAGCCGGACGCAUGGGUUUUCUCUGGGUACUCCGGUUACCCCCACAACGCAAGACCACACUCUCACGCAACAUCGUGCCAACGAGAGUGAUUAAUAUAUAUUGUUAUAGCUUGUUUCACAGUCGUUGUAAAAUUAAAUAAAGUUUAAACUAAAAUUUGUACACAUGUUACAUGGGACAGUAUACAAAUGUGUAGCUAGGUCAACAACAGUGGCUUAAUUAAUUGUCAAUUUAUGCCCCUUGACAGUUGGAAUAAGUCCCGUAGAAACAAGGUGGCCAUAUGUUAAUAAUCAUUUAUGAUAAUGACACAAAACUUUGUAACCAUGUAACGAGUGACAAUGUGCUCAUGUGCAGCAAGGCCCACAACUUCAAUAAUUAUCAAGUUAUGCCUUUUUUACUGAAAAGCACCAACAGACAAGCAAUGGGGUUCACUCUGUUGUUUUAUGUAUACACCUGAGCCCUGUCUUAAUAACAUGUACAAACUUAAUGGUGAAAUAAAUAUAUAUUAUAAAAUAGGCAGUAAAUAGACUGUACUUCAUUGUUUCAUGAUAAUGCCAGUGAAUGUUAUAUCAUUCAGUUAUAUCAUUCAACAAACACAUUUAUCUUGUUCUUUGUGAUUUCAUUCUUUUACCAAUAAAUUCUGAAACAAUU